AUGACACGUGCUGCCAAGACCGCUCGCGUGACGCCCGACGGGCUACUGCAGCCCGGCCUCAUCGAGGCGAUUGCGCGCUUCGUGCCGUCGGCCGACGACUUUAUCGACUUUGUUGAAGCCUUUCCUGAGGAGCUCUGGACGCCGGCGCUGGCCGCGUUCAUGGCUCUCUGCGACUUCCGGCACCCCGACCUCCAGGUCCAUUGGCCGUGGAUCGAGGUCAACGACACGGAGCUGCCGCCGGAGCUGCUGGACCUGCUGCGCAACGUUGCGCCGCUGCGCCUACCUCUUCACAUGAGCGGUACCGUGCGUCGUCUCCAGGGACUACCCGCUCUCAUAGCAGCCGCCAGUCCACUCAUCACAACCCUCGUGGUCGAGUUCGAGGCCGAGAUGAUGAGCGCCGGUGACGGUCAAGCGAUCGCCGAUCUAAUCUUGCACUGCCCAUUGCUGCAUACGCUCGACGUCACGGUCAUGUCGGACGUUCAGAACGACAACGAGGUCUCCGAACUCCCGGCGCUACUGCAUGCGAUCCCACACCCGGCUGUGCGCCAGCUGAUCCUGCACUUGCAUCAAGCGCGUGCUGUGCCUCAGGUCGGGUGCCUAGUCGCGCAGUGGCUGCGUACAGUGCCGGGCGACGAGCUCGUCUUUUCUCGAGCGCCAGGAUUGGACCCGGAGGACGUGCCGACGCUCUGCGACGCAUUCCAAGCCAACUCGACGCUCACCAAGAUCUCAGUGCACGACGUGCCGGGCCUUGACGGCUUUCACGGCCGCCGACUGCCGCGCACGUUGCGCAGCUUUUCGUGGAACGUUUUUGUGAGUCGGCUCGACGACCCGCCCGCCCCGACGGACGCCAUUCUGGACGACCUCGCACAUGCUCUCGAGCACACCAAGCUCGAGAAGCUCGGCUGCAACGACAUUGGGAAACUUCGCUGGCGUCUGCCCGCGUGGACGCUGGUCGAUCACGUGCAGUCGAUCGACUGCUUCAUCCGCAACGAAGCCCACAUGGCGGAGCUCUGCGUCGUCCUCCCAACGCUCCCGGCGCUCACCUCCAUCUCGAUGCGGCUGGCUAUGUUCAGCACACCGAUGCUCAUUCUUCUUAUCCGGACUUUGACGCGCUGCCACGUCACGAAGCUGGACAUCUCGUGUGCUUCGUUUGGCCGCGAAGCCCUCAAGGUCUUGCUGGCUGCUGUGCCCGAUCUCCCCACGCUGCAGUCGGUCCACGCGGCUUCGAAUCUCUGGACCAACCUCGAUUUGUUUCACCUCUGCCGAGAGCUCGUAGCUGCGGGACGCCACCUUGAGGAGCUCGCGCUCGCUGAAUACAUCACGUACGGCGCUGCCGAGAACACCACCAACUACGAUGCCGUACUUCGGAUGGUCUCGCUCGUCGAGAACCCGCCAUUUGUCGUUCGCAACCUGCCCAGUCAUAUUGAAGAUGACGUUGCUGAGGCGCUCUCGCCAUCGGAAGACUCGUCCGGCCGCUGCAAGCUCUCCUUGCGCCUUGCGUCGUAAAAGCACUCUUCAUUCUCCUGUAAGCAAUAAUGUAACAUGCAAAGACUUUGGUGCACUCGA